GUGGCGUCUUGUGUUCUGAAAAACACAUUUCUUUUUUGUGAAAUUGUUGGUCGAAAUAUUACAGUGCCCAUCAUGCUCGGAAGAGGAUACAAUUUUUAAACCCACAACCAUUAGGAGGUCCAGACUCCAGACACCAGACGAGAAAGAAGAGGAAAUAGAAGAUAAUGAUGCGAUACAAAGAGGAAAAGGAGGCAAAGAAAGAAGCAUUUAGGAAGUAUCUGGAGUCCAGUGGAGUCCUUGAUGCCCUCACCAAAGUUUUGGUUUCAUUGUAUGAGCAGAAUGAGAAGCCAUCCUCAGCCCUUGAGUUUGUUCAACAAAAAUUAGGUGGUCCAACAGUUUCUGAGUAUGAAAAGCUACAGGCUGAGAUAUCAGAUUUGCAAACAAAGUAUAAUGAGCUCUUAGUCACACAUGAAGAGACCUGCAAAGAGGUAUGGUUUGUUCAACAAAAAUUAGGUGGUCCAACAGUUUCUGAAUACGAAAAGCUACAGGCUGAGAUAUCAGAUUUGCGAACAAAAUCAUGAGCUCUUAGUCACACAUGAAGAGACCUGCAAAGAGGUAUGGUAUGAUUUAUUUGGGAUGGUGGAAUUUUGCACUCAAUAUGAUAAUACCCCAAGUAUAUUGGGUAGGGGUUUAUUAGGAUUUAGGAGUAUAGUCACCUGACUUUUAUUGUCAUGCUGUAGUUGGAGGAACUUAAAAAUUCGUAUAAUUCAUCAUCUGCAAAAGAAACUUCUGCUGGGGAAGCAGUGGAGGAUGAGGCAUAAAGGUGCAGAGAAGAGAAGGAAUCUUCUUCUAUCAUGAGGAUAUUGAUCAAGUGAGUUGAACCAAAUGUUUCCGUUGUUAUACCUUGGUUUGUUUUGUUUUUUCGAUGCUGUUAUACCUUGGUUUGUUAAUUUGUAUACCACUAGCUUUUUGCUCGCGCAACAUCAUGUAUUAUGUUAUAAUAAUUAGUAAUGCCUAUUGAGCAUUUGUGAGAAAAAAAUCACUUUUAAUUUGUGGAAGAAUAAACUGUUACUGGUUAU